AUUUUACCUUGCAAAAUGUUCAAUAAAAACAAAACACUUUCUGCCCAGGAAACUGCGUUAAACCAGCGGGCAGAGGAACUUCGCAAAGAACAUGAGCAGUUACAGCAACAGCAGAUAGAGCUGGAUGCUCAGAAGAAGGAAUACCAACAGGCUGUUAUGCAAAUGGAACAGAAAAAAGCCCAACAGACGGGAGCUGAAGCUGCUGCUGGUCCAAACGGGGAGCUGAAGUUUCAGCCUGAAGCACCACACGCAGAAUCAGAACAUGCCAAACCAGUGGAAGAGCAACCCAAACUAGCAGAACAGCAACAGAAAUCAGACGUUCAUCCUGCAGCCCCAGGAGAGGCAGACGGUCACCCAGCCGGACAGAAGGAGCCUGAGGUACCUCACAGCCAAGGACAAGACCAGCAAGCACAUCCUGGUCAGCCAUAGGGGGAAAACCCAAAGAGGACAGUGUGUGGAGGCACAGACCAGGCAAAUCUCUAAGCAGAUAUGCUGAGAAGAUCCUUCUUGCUCGGCCUGCCACCCUCCUGAAACUGAAAGUCAAGGGACGUGCAAUCAACCUCUGGGUGAAUACUGUACAUCAGGGCUAAACACUCACAUGUAAAAAAAAUAAAUAAAGAAAUAAAAGCUAAAACAAAUGUGGGACCAGAGGUCACUUAAACCCAUGUAAAGCACCUUUUGCUAUCAUGGCUUUUUAGUGAUUUGAUGUUUUUGGCACAUGCUGCAAAUCUGGCAUAAAGCUGUGGCUGUUCCCUAAUGUACCAUCUCCUCCGGUACAGCGAGAAUGGCUUAUGUACUAACAUGGUGCAAUGAUUCUCUACUGCAAUAUCUAUGAACCCCCAGAGAACUGCAUUUGAUCAGGGAAAGCCGAUUGGUUAGUAUGGCCGUGUUACUCCAUAAGCUCUACAAUAUGUUCUGUAGUAUUCUUCUAGCAAUCUCAUUAUACUGUAAAUGGGACUGGCCUUUUUAUGACAGAGGCCUUCUGAUAACAGGGAUUUCAGUCUCGGGGCCUCAAGCUGUUGUUAUACUACUACUCCCAGCAUGUCGGCUGCUUUCAGCUGCCAUUAAGGACUGGAAGCGCUAGUUCAACAAUUCCUUUGACGCCUUGAUAUAUGACAUCACUGUUUAUUUUUCUUACACCUUUGAGUAAGUGGUUACUCAAGGUACGCCAUUGUCUCAGUGCUGAUAUCCUCUCUCUCUCUCGCUCGGUCUCUUUCUCUCUCGCUCUCACAGGAGCUGUAUUUAGGAAGAGGAGAUGGUACAUGGGUUUAGGUUUUUGUUACCCUUUAAUUUGUUCCUCCCUUCUGUACUACUUUGUUGUUUUUAAAAUCCCCAAGUGUUGUUUUAAAGUGUAUUAAAGGGAAAUCGUAUUGAAAAUUGA